AUGUUCGGAGAUGCACUGAAACCUAUUCAUGCCCAUCUUGUCCCCAGCAUUAAAGAACCCCCUGGGGCACAUGAACACUUCUCUGGGGGCUUGGAUCACGCCCCUGGCAUAUUGAUGUUUGACAUGAAGCGAUUGGUUGUGAAUCACAGGUGGGAUGUUUGGAUGAGAGUCUGUGCUAAGUCAGUGUUGCCGUCCCACUGGCUCUUCCUGGCCUACGUGUUGAUGGUGUGUUGCAAGCUGCUGUCUGCUUCGAGCCAGCACCUCCGGGGACACGCAGGUCACCAUCAAAUCAAGCAAGGGACGUGUGAGGUGGUGGCUGUGCACAGAUGCUGCAAUAAGAACCGGAUAGAAGAGCGCUCCCAAACAGUCAAGUGCUCCUGCUUCCCAGGACAGGUGGCUGGUACAAGUCGGGCGCAACCUUCUUGUGUUGAAGCUUCCAUCGUGGUCCAGAAAUGGUGGUGUCACAUGAAUCCCUGUUUAGAAGGAGAGGACUGCAAAGUGCUACCCGAUUACUCAGGCUGGUCCUGUAGCAGUGGUAAUAAAGUGAAAACAACAAAGGCAAGUAUGGACAAGAACGCGAUGCUCAUUCACAACUUCAGCACCGUGUAA